GAUAAGGAGCCGAGAAACGAGCUAAGAACUUCGCGCUGCUGCUUUUUAACGUUAUAGGGUAGCUUGAAAGCAGCUGCGUAAACUUCAUGUCUGGGUAUAAGUACUGUGACGUCGCGGGGUUACGAGCUGAGUGGUUUCUAACUGGGUUUACGCAGGGACGCUCCACCGUGCAGGAUGAGGUCGACUGUUCUCUCCGGAUUCAUAGUGCUCGUCGUAUGCAGUGCUGCCCAUAGCGAAGAAAGCUGGCACACCCACGCACGGACUGCCCGGGCUGCCAUGUUCCCACAAACUCACGGCAUGAUGCAGCCAAGCCCUAUGCCUCUGUCAGGGUCCGGAGGUUUCCACGGGGGUGACGCGACAAUGUCAUUUGGGAGGAACGCGGGCUUCGCUGGUGGCUCAGCAUCUCCGCCACAUGGCAUGAUGGGCGACACCAUGGGCUCCAUGGGAUCCAUGGGUUCCAUGGGAUCCAUGGGUUCGAUGGGAUCCAUGGGAUCCAUGCCCGUCGGCCACAUGCCGGGAAUGGACGGUGACGCGCCUGGCGGCCAGCCUUCCUCGUCGCAUUUCUUCGGCUGAAGCAUUUAGUCUGUGGUGCAACGUUUCAACGGGGACACAUCGGGCAGUGGACUGAGAAGAAGCAUCUAUGUUGACGAUGUGCCGGCCAUUUCACCUGUAAUAAAUGUAUGAUGGACUCUCUUACAACGCGACUAUGUGUGAGCCAGU